AUGAAAGCCUUCAUCCUGAUGUCCUGCCUGGCGCUAGCCGCCGCCCGGCCCGAAGCGGGCUACAACUACAAUCGUCCUGGAGGCGGCGGCGGCUCCGGAGGCGGCUCGCACGGAGGUGGCAUCGGAGGCGGCUUCGGCGGCAGCUCCGGCGGCGGAUUCGGUGGAGGCUUCGGCGGCAGCAGCGGAGGCGGCUUCAGCAGUGGAGGAGGCGGUGGCUUUGGAGGAGGCGGCGGUUUCGGAGGCGGUUCCGGAGGUGGUUUCGGAGGCGGAUCCAGCGGCGGAUUCGGAGGUGGUUCCAGCGGCGGCUUUGGAGGCGGUAGCAUUGGUGGCUUCGGAGGCGGCGGCGGCGGCGGCGGCGGUGGCACCACUUUGGUGCAGAAACACAUCUACGUGCACGUUCCACCACCAGAGCAGGAAGAGGUGCGCCAGCGCCCCAACCUGCCCGUGGGUCAGGCCCAGAAGCACUACAAGAUCAUCUUCAUCAAGGCCCCAUCGCCGCCCUCGUACCAGGCUCCGGUCAUUCCCGUGCAGCCCCAGAACGAGGAGAAGACCCUGGUCUAUGUGCUGGUGAAGAAGCCCGAGGACCAGCAGGACAUCGUCAUCCCAACGGCCGCGCCCACACAGCCCUCGAAGCCGGAGGUGUACUUCAUCAAGUACAAGACGCAGAAGGAGUCCGGCGGCGGCGGCGGCAUCUCGGGCGGACUCUCUGCCAGCAGCGGCGGCUUCACCCAGACCAACACCGGCGGCGGCUACACCUCGGGCGGCGACUCCGGAUUCACCGGGGGCGACAGCGGCUCCAUCUCGGCCCCGUCCAGCAACUACGGACCGCCCGGCAAGUCCGGACCGUACUAACUCGCCCACUCACCCGCUGCGAACUCCGAACUCGGCCCAAGCUGCUGACUAGUCCUGAAAGCUGACACGCCCCCAGUUCCCGCUCGGGAGCACCAUCAUCCACGCAUCACAUUAACCACCACUUCGAUCUUUAACCAUUAUCCUGGGACCCGUCCCAGAACCCUCUCAGUCUCGAAGGGGGCGGCGCUUUCGCCCACGACUUUUGUACAUAAGACGUUUCCGCCCACGACCCGCCCUGCUGUCCCCCACUCAUCUGUACAUUUUCACCGAUUUUCACACCAUUGCCUACUUUCCUGCCCCGGAAGAA